CCAUCUUGUUUCUUCAUUUCUAUUGUUGAGAAAGUACCACUUCCUCUUUUACUAAUUUGUAUGGAAUGUUGUGCAAGAUGGCGCUUCGACAGUGACAGAUUGCCGCAAAUGUCAAACACGCAUAAACAAAACAUUUAUUUAUUGAAGAGAUCACUUUUCUAAAUAUUGCUAUUCUUCAUUUCUUUUAGCCAUAUUUUGCCUCGGAUUUUUGUCAGAGAUAGCGGGAUUUCCAUUCGUGUAAUUUAAUACAGUUUGCAAGACAGCAUUGUCUUUUACUGGAAAACAUUUAACAAGAGGGUGUCUUGAAACAAUUAAAGUAACAAUGUCAGACGAAGAAGACACAGCUAUACUGCUAAAUGGAGCAAACAGAAAUGUUGAAUCAUCGCAAACAAAACCUUUGGCUGAUGAUUAUCAGUGUAUUCCUGCAAAGAACUUGAGGAAACCAAUACCAAAAAGAACUGAUAAUUUAACACCUUUGACAUCUACUAAUCAGGAUGCUCUUGUAUUAAUUGUUGCUGUAGUAGCUGGAUUAGUCUUUGGAUACGACAUGGGUAUUGGAAAACCUCUAGCAUCUUCUAUCAAAAGUGAAUUCAAUCUCAGCUGCUUCGAAGCAGACACAUUUGCUAAUAUCUGGUUUGUAGGAGCUCUUCUUGGUGCUAUGACCAGUGGCAUUUUAAUAGACACAUUUGGUCGGCGCUGUUUAAUGAUUCUGGCAUUAAUAUUUCUAACGUUUGGUUCUAUGCUAUCCGCGUUAGCUAGUCACUAUAUCCUACUCUUGAUUGCACGGUUAAUAUGCGGAUAUUCUGGUACAGUAUCCGCUAUUGCACAUUGCAUAUACAUGGCAGAGAUAUCCGAUCUAAACAAACGUGGAUACAACGUAACGUUGCAUCAGUUUGGCACUGCCUUGGGACUUCUGCUAUCCGUGAUUGCCGUCGCCAUAAAAACAGCAGAUUAUCAAUGGAGAUUUGUCAUAGGGAUCACCGCUAUUCCUGCCCUUACCACAUGCAUCAUUACCAUCAUAUUUCUUCAACGAUCCCCACAAUUCGUACUUCUUAAAAGAACUGUGCGUGUCUCUAGAGUAGCGUCAGCUAAUCCGUGGAGCAACAUUUUCGAGACAAUGGCAAUUAUGGCUGUCAUAUUGAUUCUACAACAAGGAACAGGAAGGAGACAGGUUCUAUAUUAUGCGCCAAGAUUAUUCGCACUCCUGGGAAUCUGUUCGAAUGUCGCACAAACCACAGCUUCUAUAGCACUGGGAGUAGUAAAAGUAUUCAGCACGAUACUAUCUCUAGUUGUUGUGGAAAGAUGUGGCAGACGAACAGCACUGAUAACUUCAGCAACAAUUUGCAUGACCGUCAUUUCCCUUCUGUCACUCCUGGCAACAUUAGACAGAGGAGAUGACACUCUAAACUUUUUACAUAUGGACUGUACAAACAAUAUUAAUGUUAACGGAGAGAAUAAGAGAUUGGGAAGCAACAUACUCCCGGCAGGAUCACCACCGCCAUUUCCACUAUUGCCUACACCCUUGGCUAUGAUUGCUCCUAGUCCUGAGACUUGGACUCAAGUCAAAGCUUCUUGCGAGACUCAAAAUAUAGUAACCUCAGAAGGACUUAAUGGCGGCUUACGUAUCUUAGCAGUCAUCACGCUCCUUGUCUAUGAAGCUGCUUACGCAUUAGGACUGGGACCAGUCCCACUUUUAACACUCAGUGAAGUUUUUCCAGCAGCAAUAAGAGGAAAGUGCAUAAGUUUCUGCGUGAUUAUUUUAUGGAUUGGAAACAUAAUCGCCACUGAGUCGGUCGUCAAAAUGACCAAAUCAAUGACUCUAGCUGGCUCGUACCUAUUCUACAGUUUCAUGUGCCUGGUCACAAUAUUCUACGUUUUCUUAUUCAUUCCUGAAACGAAAGGAAAGUCGCUUCAUCAGAUCGCCCAAGAGUUACGUAAGAUAUCAUUGCCCACGCGUAUCUGUAAUAAUUUACGCAGUCUGCCACUCGUCUGUCAUAUCGAAUGGUUGAAGAAGUAUGGCGAAAAAGGUAGCACCGGACAAAGCACUUUGAUAUGAGACUAAUCAGAACUUAACGAUGCGUCAAUGAAUUUUGCACUGAACGUACAGUAAAUAGUCUCGAGUAAUUAUAUAUCUGUAAAGGUCGAGAAAGAGUUAGCACGUUCAAAAAACCAUAAAUAACGAUUCCGUCGAUUGAACUCCUUAAGUGUACCCGCACUUUUUUAAACUAACAGGAGAAAAGAGAAACAACGAAAGUAAUAAGGAUAAUCAGUAUCCUUUCUUAAAAUGCUAAAGAAAUUGUUACACGUACUCGUGGACUCUACGCUGUAACAAUCUUUACAUAAAUAAUCCAAUCUCAAUAGCAAUAUUUCGCAAUGAACGAUAUUCGAUUUGAAGCACUUCUACUCGUUGGUUACAUUCUCAUUUUUUAUAAGAAUCACUUUAUCCACGUCAUUAGCCUACAAUCAUCUCCAUCAUUUCACGACGUGACCCUAAAAUUGUCAUGAUUUCAAGUGAUAACAAGUAAUACGUUAUAAUACUUCGUAGAAUACGUGUGUAUUAAUAAUCAGUUAGAUAACAACGUAUCUAGAAUGAUAAUAUACGUAAUGCAGGUGGAUAUGUAUAAGAUAGUUGGCCAAUUGUUACACAGUGAUUAUCGUUGAAAGGCAGGUCAGUGUCAAAUUAAUGGUAGAAGAAGUUUAUAUAAUAUAGAAAAAUAUUUAUUAUUAAUCACAGAAGCCACGUAAUACUUACAGUAUUUUUUAAGGGAAAAUGGCGCAAGGUGCAAGCAUGACGUUAGUCAAUUGUACUGUAAGGUAAAGAGACGUUUUUUUUUCUUUUACAAAAUGAAAAUUCUUUUUAAAAAUCUAGGAGCAUCGACGUCCAUGAGGUUAUUCAAAAUUCGACAUUGGUCAUUAUUUCAUUGUUCACGAAAAUCGCCCUGCUUUAGGCUCAAUGCUAGUCAUAGAUUUGGAAUCAUUAAAUCAAAAUAGAUAACAGAUAUCUAUAAUUCUCAAUUUUUGUUCAUUUCUUUUUGCCAAAUAUUACACAUAGUAUCGAACAAACCUAAAGCCACUGUAAACCCCCUUAUUACAAUACUAUAGAUGCAUAUGACACAAACUUAUUUGACGUCUACUAAUUGUACGUAGAGCAGCACGUACGUAAUUAAUAUUAAAUUGAUAAUUCUUAAUGAAGGGAUUACAUUUAACACUACGAUACCCUUUGAGCAUUGCAGAGAAGGCGAAUUACGUUUAUAAAUAUAUACAGUCAAUAUAAUUAACGUAAAAGUAAAGAGAAUCAUACAUAAUGCAUUAGAAUUAGACACUUCAUUUCCAUCCGCAAAAAUAAAAAUACUGUGAUAACGUUUAAUCGCAGGAAAGAAUUAAUUAACGUUUUGAAUAAUACAAUUUUUAUGAAAAGUAUACAUCUAACACUAUCAUCUUCUAAGCACUCUCGUGUGAUUUUCGACUUGACACGAAACAAGCGUUCAAAUAUUUUUCAAAAUUCUAACGUGACGUAUAUGACAAUUAUAAAAGAUCAUUAACAAUAAUCAUUAAAUUAUUACAACACAUUAAACAAUAUUAACACUGAGCAUCGUGUACAACACACGACCGUGAAGUGCUAUCGUGCCAUUAAUUGUUUAUCAAUAAUGUAUUAUAUAAAAAAUGCUUUUUUGAGAAAUAAAAGAAUAUAGUUAAAACUUUA